UACAAACGGUCUUAUUAAUUAGGAGUAUUUUAGAUGAUGGCACCUAGCUAGAUAUUUAGCUAAAACUGUUUUUGGGGAAGAACAUUGUUUGCAUCCAUCAGCUAGCUUUUUUUUUCAUGACCAGCACUGUCCAGAGUUUGGGGAGGUGUGUCUGCGCUCGGGCGACAGCGGCCGGCAGGAAUCGGGAGGCAUCCAAACACAGGAACAGACACAGGGACAGGAGUGGAGGGAACAGAGAUGACCACAGUCACACCCGGUGCUCAGCACGAGGUGACAGAGACCUAGGAGAGUUCCUGCGUGAUAAAGAGCAGCAGCUGGAGCGUUUUUCAGAGGGAGGAGGAUGGAGGAGCAGAAAAAAAGAGAGGAGAGGAGACAACAGCAGGAAGAGGAGGAGAAGGAGAGACUGGAGGCCUUGGUGAGAAGACGGGAGAGAGGGGGAGAGAGGGAGAGACCGAUGGGGGAGGACAGCAGAGACUCUAUGGAGAACAGGCCUAAACGCUGGACCUGGGGAGGACCGCCUGGAGGGGGAGAGGGUCACCCUAAGACCCCGCCCUCUCAUGCUAUUGGCUCAGCUCUGCCUCAUCAUCCCGCCUCAGCUGCCAGCCCCAACCAAUCCAGGAACGUGUGUGACUUCUUGACACCGCCCUCCUCGGACCAGCCAAUCACCAAACGGCUCUCCAACUCUUCAGCCUCCCUGCACUCACCAGAUAGAGUGUGUGGUGUGUCCCCUCGUUUAGCGUCCCCUAGCCCCCAGCGGCCGGCCUACAAAGGUUCCCCCACCAGGAAGACCAGUAAUGGGCCCCCGGAGGACAAGACCCCCAAAACACCCACAACAGAGAGAGGCCUCGCCCCCUGUCUGACUGACUCUUCAAUGAGACGCCUUGAAUCUCCGACCACUCCGACCAGAAGCUCCUCCCCCAGAGCCCAGAGCAAAGGACUGGGCACGCCCAAAAGGGUGAGGUCAACUAAGAGUCGCGCCCAGUCCCCCUGCUCUCCGGGACAGUAUCCUCCCUCCCCCCUCCGCCAGCGAACCCCGAUAACCGAGGGCAACCAGGAGGCCAGGGGUCAUGGAAACCUAGAGAGGAAGUCCUCUAAGCUGGACACACCAGAGAAGAAGACCUCCAAGUCCUCCAGCAGAGACCUUGCGGCAGAGUCUCCAGGUACGCCCACAGGCAGGAACGUUGCCGGGACAUUGGAUGCGGAGGAGGCUUCUAGACUGUUGGCUGAGAGGCGUCGUCUGGCCAGAAUACAGAAAGAACAGGAGGACAAACUACGACAGGAGGAGGAGAGGCUGAGAGCGGAGGAGGAGCAGAGGAGAGAGCAGGAGGCACUGGAGCGGCAGGCAAGAGAGGCGCAACAAGCGGAGGAGGAGAGAGAGAGAUGGGAAGAGGAGAGGAAGACCAGAGAGGACGAGGAGAGAAGGACAAAGGAGAGACGUUGGAAAGACAUGCAGGAUCAGCUGGACCGAGAGAGAGAGGAGGCGUGUCUGCGUGCUCACAGGGAGACAGAUAGGAAGAGGCAGGAGAGAGAACUGUUGCAGGUACAGGAGGAGCAGGAGAGACUGCAGAGGAAGAAGCGGAUUGAGGAGAUCAUGAAGAGGACACGUAAGAGUGAGACGGACUCCUUAUGCCCAGGUGUGUGUGACGUGAACGGGGGCCAGGCAGGACAUGUCAGGGAGUUGGAUCAGGAAGAGUCCCCCAUCAUCACGCUGGGACCCCUGGAGAGUAAGAGCUGUGGAGGGGACGAGCUGUCUGACGGGGUGCAGUCUAUGGACGUCAGUCCAGUGUCCAGGGAUGAGUUGGGUAGCGUUCAAGAGUUCUCUCCCAUCAGCGAUGGGUUAAACAGCAUGAGUAACACCCAAACCCUUGAGCACCUCCUGGAUCUCACCGCCCAGCCAGAAACGUCCCUUUACCCCAUGCUGCAGGCCGGCAGUGCUGCAGCCCUGGGAGACCUCAACAAGAACCUGCUGAUACAGGAUUAUAACCCCUCCUCCUUCACUAGCUCCUCCCCAAGCUCUGCCCAACUUCUCCACAACCUUAGCCCUGGCAAACUAGACAUCUAGUAACCAGGGCGUUGGGUAGGACAACUAGCUGUUGGGUGCAAAGAGGAGCUAGGAGCAGCAAGGGGGUCUCUCCUCUCCUCCUGCUUCCCCCAUCAGAGAGAGACCAGCUCCUUGCACCUCCGCCCUCACCCCUCUUUAGGGGAGAGACCCUCCCCAUGCACCCCCGGCUUCCACAGAGAACAACAACCGCUCAAUGUAUGGCUCGCCCUCAUCUAUACAACUCAACCACAGGAGGCUGCUGAGGGGAGGACGGCUCAUAAUAAUGUCCGGGAACGGCAUCAAACACCUUGAAACCAUGUGCCUGACGUAUUCGGUACCAUUCCACUAAUGCCGCUCCAGUCAUUACCAUGAGCCAUUCUCCCCAAUUAAGGUGCCACCAACCUCCUCGACAUAUCUACCGCUGAAUUCCCCCUUCAAACACACUGACAUGUACACACAGUUAAUACUCUCCCGGUAAAGUAAAGCUUUUUCUCUGUGUCCUGGCUGUAUGAUAUUGUGCAUAAAGGUGUGUCAGUGUUGAGAGGAGGAUGAUGUAAUAGUAUGGUUGUGUUAUCCUCCUGUAGCAUUAAUUAUGUGGUUAACACUGAUCAUGUGACCCUGUAGCAACUUCAUUGGAGAACACCUCUCCUCCUCCUGUAUAUACUAUAGUCACACAGCUGUUAACUAGCUCUAGGUAGAAGUUGCCCCUAACCACAGAUCUAGGAACAGAUCUUUCUAACCCUCAAUAACUAACUAUUGGGGAGAUUAAAAUAUAGUUUGACCCUGUAUCAGUGGUUAGUGGCAACAGUCGUUACAACGUCAGGUUGUAACGACUUUGUUUGGAGUUUCUGUCUGUCAGUGUUUCUAGUGGUGGAAGGUUAUAUCCCACCACCACUGAUGUGCUGCACUACUGUUUGCCAGGACUCAGGAGUCCAUUCGACUACUAUUGGUUCUUAGAACUCAGCUAGCCAGUCUAGAUAUGUUAACCUCCUGCAACUGGAGAAACCUACUCAUCUACAGAUGUGGAUGAUAUAGUAAGACAAAAGUCUGGCCUCAGUUGAUAUGCUUUUGUCCACCACCGCUCCACGGUGGUGCAUCAAAACACAUGUGGAAGACUGGAGCAUCUCUGAAUAUAAUCUCUGCAAAAACAAAUGAAAACUGUGAAUGGUGUCAUAUUUUUUAGCUAUUUACAGGGUUGGGGGAUAUUGAAAAGAUGUGGCGUGUUUUUGGCUCGCUGUGUGUACGCUAGCUGUGGUGUAGUUAGUGUGCACGGUGUGGUUGUGUAACAGCUCUGAAAACACUCAUCUCUGCUUUGGAAACACUGCUCUCCUUAUCUUGCCUCUGCUCUGAACUGGACUGUUUAUGCUGCAACUACCAGUCAACCUACAGCAGGGGUCUUCACCUGCAGUCCUGGAGGGCUACUGCGUGUGCAGGCUUUCGUUCACACCUGAUUCCACUGAUCUUGGUUCAUACUGAAGACGGUGAUUAGUUGAAUCAAGUGGGUUUGGGACAGGGCUGAAACAAAAGCCUGCAUAGCCAGGCAAGUAGUUCUCUAGCACUAAAGUUGGAGAACCCUGUCCUACAGUAUCUCACCAGUCUGUGUACUCACUCAGUCAGUCAACUCUGUAACAGACUCUGGUGUGCAACCGCUAUAUUCACUAUGACUGUGGCUUUACCUCAUAGAGAUUUAUCUCACUACAGAGGACAAUUCACAGUCUGCUGUCUACUACUGCUGUGAAUUCUAUAAUCAUACAUUCUCGCUGUACUGUAACUGUCUGGUUCGGGUCCUACUGUAACUCUUGCCUAUGCUUUGCUCUGGGGUAAGGUGUAGCUCAGCAUGUGCGCUCCCUCUCCUCGCUGAUUCCAUCUCUGUUUCAGUUCCCCCUGAAGGGCAGUGUAAGGUGUCAAUCAUUCCUCAUGACCCAGCUAACCCUGUGAGGGGGAACACUCUGAAUUGUGUGCAUUAAUGGCUGUAAUAAUGAUGCUGUAUCUCAAUUACUGGACUAGAGUAGGCAAAGGCCUGGAAUGUCCACUUAUCUUUGCUGUCUUCAGUGCAUCGGACUCUUGAUUUAGUUAACAUGUAUUUCCGUCCAUCUCUCUUCCUCUCUCUUUCUGUACUCAUUAUCUCAUGCUUUCAGAGGCUGUUAACAUUCAUUGUAUCCUAAGGGAUAAUGUAGUUAAACUUAAGACUUAAGGUCAGAAUAUUAUUCACUAAAUGUCACUGAACACAGAUGUCACUGCAGCUUGGCGGAAUAUAUAACUGUAGAUGUGGUGCAUGGUUCUAACUGCUGAAAAACAACAAUAAAACAUCAUCAAGCCAUG